UGAGAUCUCCAGUACAUGAUCCACUGUGAACUAUGGCAAUAAUAUUAAUUAAUACCUCAUUUGUUCUUGUUUUAAGAUCAUAUCCAAACUCCCGAGACAUGUAGGAUGAUUAUCCGGUUGAUAUUCUGCCAAGACCCUCAUGAACUCCGUUAUCCAUCUCCGUUCUUACCUUCCCCGGUGGCCCACCCUUCUUAUUUAGUCGCUGUCUCUGUAGUUUUUGUCCCUGCAUGAUUGUUUUUUAAUUUCGCGCUCCCCACACCACCUUCUUAGCUUCCAAUUCGAUUCGCCGGGAAGAAAACAUUAAGAUCUAAUUAUCUGGAAGGUCAAACACUGGUUUGUUGUGUUCAGUGAUGGGUGGAUUAUUGGCAGAGAGGCUUACAUCCUUCUACAAGAACAGAUGGCUUGUGUUUGUGGUUACAAUGUGGUUGCAGUCAUGGGCUGGUAUUGGGUAUUUGUUUGGUAGCAUAUCGCCGGUGAUUAAGAGAUCUUUGAACUACAAUCAGAGGCAGCUUGCUGGGUUGGGUGUGGCCAAAGACCUUGGCGAUUGUGUCGGCUUCGUUACUGGGGUCUUGUGCGAGAUUUUGCCUUCCUGGGGUGCUUUGCUUGUUGGUUCCUCGUUGAACUUUGUUGGAUAUGGCUGGGUUUGGCUCAUCGUCACCGGGCGAGCUCCCGCUUUACCUUUGUGGGCUAUGUGCGUUCUUAUAUUUGUGGGAACAAAUGGCGAAACUUACUUCAACACAGUUGCUUUGGUGUCCUCCAUUCAAAAUUUCCCAAAAAGUAGAGGCCCCGUGGUUGGAAUUCUGAAGGGCUUUGCUGGGCUGAGUGGUGCAAUCUUGACUCAAAUAUAUGCUAUGAUCCAUUCCCCUGAUCACGCGUCACUGAUCUUCAUGGUUGCAGUUGGUCCCACUUUGGUAGGAAUAGGUCUGAUGUUCAUUAUCAGACCUGUCAAAGGUCACAAGCAAAUUAGGCCUUCAGAUGACGCAAGCUUCACAUUUGUUUACAGUGUGUGCCUCUUAUUGGCUGCUUAUUUGAUGGGGGUCAUGCUUGUUCAAGAUCUAGUAACCUUGAAUCAUACCACUGUUAUGAUUUUUACAGUAGUCUUGUUUGUCAUCCUCCUUGUCCCAAUCUUCGUUCCGAUUUCAACGACGUUUUUCUCAGAGCAAAAAGCUUCAGAAGAGGAAGCACUCCUUCCUCAGCCCGAGACACUAGAACGAGGUAAUUCAGAAGUAAUACUGAGCGAGGUGGAAGAUGAGAAGCCUGAGGAUGUGGACUCACUUCCUUCAUCAGAAAGGAAGAAACGCAUAGCACAAUUACAAUCAAAACUAGUCCAAGCUGCUGCGGUAGGGGCAGUGAGAAUCAAGAGGAGAAGAGGACCUCGCAGAGGGGAGGACUUCACCUUGGCACAGGCUUUGAUUAAAGCAGACUUCUGGCUUCUUUUCCUAUCCCUUCUCUUGGGUUCAGGAUCAGGACUGACUAUAAUAGACAAUUUGGGUCAGAUAAGCCAGUCUCUACAGUAUGAGAACACGCACAUAUUCGUGUCCAUGAUCAGUAUCUGGAACUUUCUCGGCCGUGUAGGAGGGGGUUACAUCUCUGAGAUUGUAGUGAGGGAUUAUGCCUUUCCAAGGCCAGUUGCAUUGGCUGGGUUUCAACUUGUAAUGGCUUGUGGGCAUGUGUUCAUAGCAAUGGGAUGGCCGGGGGCAAUGUAUGUUAGUACCCUACUGGUUGGGCUUGGUUAUGGGGCCCACUGGUCAAUUGUUCCAGCUGCUGUUUCUGAGUUAUUUGGUCUCAGAAAUUUCGGUGCUUUGUACAAUUUUUUUACCCUGGCAAACCCUGCAGGAACUCUUGUUUUCUCUAGCUUAAUUGCCAGCAGAAUCUAUGACUACGAAGCAGAACAACAAGCUCGUCAGGGAUAUCAGUAUCAGAAUCUAGGAUCAUUAUUGUCAAGUGUGGUCAACGCUGCUGAACCUCCAAAAUGUGAAGGUUCCAUUUGCUUUUUCUUGACUUGUGUGCUCAUGGCAGGACUCUGUAUUAUGGCAGCAGUUUUAAGCAUGAUUCUGGUGCGCCGAACUAAGACUGUUUACGCCAGCCUAUAUGGGAAAUCUACCACUAGAAAUAUUGGGUAAUCAGCGUGUUUGGAUCAUAUGUAUCUUGGCGUUUGUACUCUUUGAAAUGUAUUUUAUGUGGAUUCACAUGAAGAAGGAUUAAGGUUCAGAGGAGGCAGCAUCGGAUGCUAUUUUCCUGAGGGUAAAAUGCUAAACACGGGGAAAGAAACAGAGGUGUUUCGUUCAGCGGUUUUGCCCGGUGAUUUCCUGCCAUCUAGCUGCUACACAUAUAUAGUCACCAACAUUGUUUUGUCAAUAAUAAUGUGUUGUAUUAUUUUAUUGUGCUAUCAUGCAAUUGAUUGAAUUAAUUAGUCAUUUUAUUCACAUUUAGAUUUAUUUUCAGGCAGGAACAAAAGUUUGUUCGUUGGAUUUUUUUUGGGCAGUUUUGAAUAGCACUUAAUUUUGUUUCCUGUCGAAGCAUCUCACGGGUUGCAAAUUGCAUUGUGCAAGACUAUUCCCCCAAAUUUGGGAGGGCAUCCAAAGCAUCCAAUUUCUACUAUAAUAAAUUGUUUCUAUUUAUUUUCUUUAA